UCAACCCAAAACUCCAUUUCUUUCUACAUGUGGUGUCGAAAAUUACAAAGUCUUCCAUCACCACAACAGACUCCACGACGACUUUUUCAUCUCCCCCUAAAAACUAACCCAAACACACCAUUUCAUUACAAAAAAACUAAUAAUAAUAUUAUUAUUAUUAAACCAAACCACCACAGCCACCUCCAUUCCCAUUCCCAUUCCCAUUCUCACCCCAAACAAAACAAUCAAAAAAAUUCUCUAUUUUUUUCCCUUCAAAUUCCUAAUCGAAUGGAAACAGAACAACUAACUUCCGGCGCAAGCAACCGAAUAAUCCCGGUUUUCAAAAACCUACACAGAUCAAUCUCGAUUCACCGUUUGUUGACAUUUAUUCAAUCCUUCUUUUUAUGGUUUCUUUUUAUUCUCCGCCGUUACCGUCGUCAAUCCCCGCCGUUAUCUCCGUCAUCCUCCUCAUCUUCUUCUUCUCCUUCCAAACGGAAAUUCUAUUUCCGGCUAAAAGAAAUUGAAGACGAUUCGAUUAAACGACGCGCUCUUGCUGAUGGAAUUCAGAUGCUAACGUCAUCUAAACCGUUGUCUACUGUUGCCACGUGGACUUUUUACGGUACCGGUAAAAACGCGUUGUUUUGCCGGUCGUGGAUGCCGGUUGCCGGUGAAAUUAGGGGUAUAUUGAUCAUUAUACACGGUCUGAACGAGCAUAGUGGAAGAUAUGCUGAUUUUGCAAGGCAACUCAAUUCCUGCAACUUUGGAGUGUAUGCAAUGGACUGGAUAGGUCAUGGAGGGAGUGACGGAUUGCAUGGAUACGUUCCAUCACUGGAUCAUGUUGUGGCAGAUACUGGGUCUUUCUUGGAGAAGAUAAAGGCAGAUCACCCAGGUACACCGUGCUUUCUAUAUGGGCACUCAACUGGCGGAGCCGUGGUUUUAAAGGCUGCUAGUUAUCCUUAUAUUGAAGAACUUGUGGAGGGAAUUAUACUAACUUCACCUGCAUUGCGUGUUAAACCUUCACAUCCCAUAGUCGGGGCUGUUGCUCCCUUAUUUUCACUUGUUGCCCCAAAAUACCAAUUCAAAGGUGCCAACAAAAGGGGUAUUCCGGUUUCUAGAGACCCAACAGCUCUAGUAGCCAAAUACUCUGAUCCUUUGGUGUACACCGGGCCAAUGAGAAUCCGAACGGGCCAUGAAAUUCUUCGCAUCUCUUCUCACUUGAUGCGUAACUUUAAGUUUGUGACCGUACCAUUCUUUGUUCUACAUGGAACUGCAGAUAAAGUAACAGAUCCGCUUGCUUCUCAAGAUUUGUACAACGAAGCAGCUUCAAAGUACAAGCACAUAAAGCUGUACGAAGGGUUCUUGCAUGAUCUUCUGUUUGAACCUGAACGUGAAGAAAUCGGGCAAGACAUUAUUGAUUGGAUGAAUAGGAAGCUGAGUUGCAACAUUUCUUGAAAAUUGAAAUAUUAGGUCAUGAUUUUGGUGGCUUGUUCAAAAGAAUUUAUAUGUAUGUAUGUAUGUCUAUGAAUUCGGACCUUUGGUGAUUGAUAACAAUCCUAUAUCUAGAUUGAGUCCU